AUAACGUCGUCAUUUACCCGCCGCGAGUCUCUUGGGUUCUUGGUGUACGUCUUGUCCUGCGUUCUUGAAGGUGCUCUCAGCAGAGAGAGAGAGAGAGAGAGAGAGAGAGAGGGAUGCGUUGAGUCGUUAAGCUGCUGCUGCUGCUGCGCGUUGCUGGCUUAUCACUCCACUUCGCCAUCGAUUUGUGAGAGCGCUUCGUGUCCUCGUCUUCUUCUUCCGUCGAGAGGUCCGCCUGCCGGCAGCGAGUGUGCCGUUCGAUCGAUUGAUUGCGCGCGGUCGGGUGUCCCUCAUCAUCUUCUUCUUCUUCCCGUUCGCUAUCAUUUGUCCAUUUGUGCGAGAGCCACUUCGGAUGCCGCACUCGGCGCUUUAGUUGUUGUAUUUAUAUCCGCAGUGGUCGGAGGGUGUUUUGGAGGUCGAGCUUUCGAGCUGAGAGAGAGAGAUUUGUUGUGGGAAGCGGUGUGCGAGUGGUGAUGACCCCGAGGAAAGUCCGUGGAGGAGAAGCUGUAGGAAGUUCAGACGCAACCGAUUCCUUCGCAGGAAAGCUGCUGUGAGCAAAAUCUUGAACGGGUAGGGGGGCUUUUUUUGUGCUCGUAUCGGUGGUUGUUCGUUCUAACGCAUUUUUGAAGCAGAUACAAUUCGUGGGUUCGGCACGAAUUUUACGCCAUGGGUUAUAUCGUCUCGUUGCGGGGUUUGAUGAUUUUCUUCUCCGCUUCGUUCCUUCUGUUCCUCGUGCCUUCGCUGGAAGCCUCCGAGUUCAGUAGGACGUUUUGCGAUGAGUGGCAUCGGUUUGAGCAGUUCGAAGAUUUCUACUUCCUGGAAAUGCUCGACAAUCUUUUGAUACAGUCCAAGACAAGUACCUCCGGAGUGAUUGUGAGGGCCAGAGAUAGCGAAGGAAAGUUUGAGGGCAGAGCCGGUUGCGUGUGGCACGAUUGUCAGAUUUACGAUGGGGAGUGCUACACUUGCACGAGCACCAAAGAUGUUGAGAUGUGUAUCGAGACGGUGAUCACGGAUAUGAAACGCAGCGUUCAACAGAGCUACAGAUACGAUGACCGAUACUGCCAUCGAUCUGUAGAGUUCUCCAGUGGUGAGAAGUCAAUCCCAGUGGAUGAAGCAUCUACCACUUUCCAUAUGUGUGGUGUAGAUUAUAAGUAUUUGGGAGGCGUUUCUGGUCGUGGGGCAAAUGCAUAAAUCACAGAACAUUUUAGAGUACAUAGUCACGGAUCAGGGGUACCAUUUCUCAAGUAAUAGUUGCAGGUUUCCAGCGCCUGAGAGUUGACUACAGUUUCACUCCGGCCCUGUGAACUUUUUCCUGAACGGAAGGUCUCGAUCUUUGGAGUCAGGAUUUGACUCGGAAGAUUAUUGUAGAAAUUGUGCAGAUCAAGAUUAGGUAGAUCCCCAGUAAAGUACUACAAUAAGGCAGGAAAACAGCGUAGAUAUUAGCUAAAUAACUAGAACGGUGCAAAGCACUAUGUAGAGUGGUCUCUGUGGCCUAUCCAGGAGAAUCAGUCCUUCAUUUUGAGAACAAUUUUGAUUAUUGAGUGGGUAUGGCAAAGCUGUACUCUUGUUACAGAGAACUUCAUUGUUACUGGUCCCUUACCACCCUCCACCGGUCGGGAAAGCGACGCUGAACCUUCUUCUGCAUGUUCUUUUUGGUCUUUUGGUAGCGACCAUUGUGAACGUGUAUGUAGCUGACACCGAGGAGAUGUAAAGAGGGUUUAUCUGGUUUCUCUCUCGAUUUAGGAACUUGUGUUGUUUUAGCAUUGCAACGGCAACCAAAUUCGGGUCGUAUGAUACAUGUGACGGUGAGUUCUACCAUCUGCCAUUGAACGUUUUUAGGUAGAGGAACUGCAGGAUAUUAGGCCUGUCGCCAUGAUGGAAGAACGAAUUAUCUCAUCGGCAAUUUACAAUCACGAAAUAAAUGUACAGUUACUG